AUGUUUACUUUUACUCGAGCAAGAAGCCAAGGGAGGCAAAAUAGAUCUCUGUCUCUUGGAGGACUUGAUUACGCAGACCCGAAGAAGAAAAACAAUUACUUUGGAAAGUUUCUUCUGACUGCAUCUCUUACAGCCUUGUGCAUUUUCAUGAUUAAACAAUCUACGUUCAAUACACCGAGUGUGUUUUCUAGACAUGAGCCAGGGGUUACACAUGUUUUAGUCACGGGUGGUGCUGGUUACAUCGGUUCACAUGCAGCUCUAAGGCUUCUUAAAGAUUCAUACCGAGUCACCAUUGUGGACAAUCUAUCACGUGGGAAUCUCGGCGCAGUCAAGAUCUUGCAAGAACUGUUUCCAGAACCUGGAAGGCUUCAGUUUAUUUAUGCUGAUCUCGGAGAUGCAAAGGCUGUCAACAAGAUAUUCACAGAGAACGCCUUUGACGCUGUGAUGCAUUUCGCCGCUGUUGCAUAUGUUGGGGAGAGCACACAGUUUCCUCUUAAGUAUUAUCACAAUAUUACAUCAAACACUUUGGUAGUAUUAGAGACGAUGGCUGCUCAUGGAGUAAAGACUUUGAUUUAUUCAAGCACUUGUGCAACCUAUGGUGAGCCUGAGAUUAUGCCAAUUACAGAGGAAACUCCUCAGGUGCCAAUCAAUCCAUAUGGCAAGGCUAAGAAGAUGGCAGAAGAUAUCAUUUUGGAUUUCUCUAAAAACUCAAAUAUGGCAGUUAUGAUCCUAAGAUAUUUCAAUGUGAUUGGAUCUGAUCCAGAGGGCAGAUUAGGUGAAGCACCAAGGCCUGAGCUGAGAGAGCAUGGACGAAUCUCUGGUGCUUGCUUUGAUGCUGCACGUGGCAUCAUGCCUGGCCUACAGAUCAAAGGAACAGACUACAAAACUUCUGAUGGAACUUGCGUACGUGAUUACAUUGAUGUCACUGACUUGGUUGAUGCUCAUGUUAAAGCUCUCCAAAAGGCUAAACCCCGCAAAGUCGGAAUCUACAAUGUUGGUACCGGGAAAGGUAGCUCGGUGAAAGAGUUUGUUGAGGCGUGCAAGAAAGCGACCGGUGUUGAGAUCAAGAUCGAUUACUUGCCAAGACGUGCAGGUGAUUACGCUGAGGUUUAUAGUGACCCUAGCAAGAUCAGGGAAGAGCUUAAUUGGACAGCUAAACACACUAAUCUCAAGGAGAGUCUUGAGACUGCUUGGAGAUGGCAGAAGCUGCACCGUAAUGGCUAUGGCUUAACCUCAUCAUCGAUCGCGGUUUACUGA